AUGUUGAACCCGCCGCUUUCUCUCCUCUCAGACGAUCUGCUUGCUUACAUUGUCGAACAUAUCUCAAACCUUCCAUUUUGGGAUGAGCACCUCCAUAGUCUCUCUCUCACGGAUCGGGCAUUUACGCAGAUAUGCCAAACAUACAUCUUCCGGAGCCUCGAGCUGGGCAUGGGUUCGGGAACCAAGAGCAAGAUAUCAAAGAAGCUGGCAAAGAUGAAAAAGAUUUUAGAUGACAAGCCUUCGGUCGCCAACCGUGUCCGUGUUAUUGAGAUUUGUGUCUCGCACGCACGGAAUGCAUGGCUUUUCAACGAUCCCACCCUCAUCAGCAUCCUCCAACUGCUCGCCAAGUCGUUGAUGCCACCCCAUGAGCUUCGCUUCGGCGGACCUAUGUUCUCUCGGUUAACAAUUGAGGACCCCAUACUAUUCGUGGGACGGCUCACGCAAUCAUUCUUUUCGCAAACCUUGACUACCCUCCGCCUCACCGAAUGCAAGAACGUGCCGUUGCCUCUUUUUCUCAUCUGCCCCAAGUUGAGAGAAGUGCUCCUUGACUGUGUGGGAGUUUCUGAGGAGAGCUACGAUGAGUACCCAGAGGAAUAUAGCUCUACCCGAGACCGAGAACUGCCAGCACUGGAAGUUUUCGACUAUCGCGAUUCGCACAGCCUCGUCAAACAGAUGAUUACAUCACCGCCUAGGUUUCAUACGCCAGUGGUCAUUUGGUCAAAGCUACGCAUUCUGACCCUAUCCCCGCACGAGGAGGAAGAAAUGGCUUGCUUGCAACCUAUCCUCGAUGCAGCUUGCAAUACCCUGGAGGAAUUGUAUCUCACUAGCUUACACGUUUCUGACAAAGGUAAACAACUCCCACUUGUUGGACUCUUGAACCUCAAAGAUCUUUCAAGCCUGCGCGUAUUCGCGCUUUACGCCAUCAUCAAAUGCAAUAAAAAAGAGUCCGGUGCUCUCCGCGAUAUCAAUAUCGUCCUCAGUAAAAUAUCUGCAUCCAAUCAAGUCACGAACCUUUCAUUCGACUUUUCCAUCUCCGGCAAGCACCCUUUUGGUGGAUGUCUUGAACAAGAUUGGAUCGGAUUAUGUGACGAAAUCAUCCGCAUUUCUGCCGGGAAGCCGCUCGAGUUGGAAUUGCAGACGAAGGUGUCUUCGGAGGGCUUUCAGUCCCCAGACGUUGGAGACGGCGCAGUAUACAGGCGCAUCGAGGAAACGACAGCAUCCCUUUCAGACUUUUCAAACAUUUGUUGUCACUUUUGGAACCCUACUUGUUGGUCUAGUGGGCUCGCUCCAUUCCCCCGCGGCCAAACCAACGCACCACGCGCUGAGGGCCCGCUGGCUGGGACACUCAUCCUCCGUCGUUGA